AGAAACAGCAGACAAGGACAGAGAGAGUGACUGAGAGAAGCUAGAGGAAGAGCGAGAGCACGUCUGAGAGAGAGAGAAGGUCUGCAUGCAGACUGCCCAGGACAGCAGGUGCACAUUGGAGAGCUUUUUUCAAGUGACUUCCAUCACAAUUGCAACAGCAGAGGAGAUGCUCAUAUGAGAGCAAGUGACUCAGAAUUACUCUGCAUUGUAUCACAAGAGGCUCUCUUUGUUUCAACUGAAAAAAGCCGGAAUUGAGUUGCUGCAUCUUAGAGUGUUUAGUCAUGGAUGACUCUAGAGAACCUACUGAAUAAACCUCAGCCCUGCAUCAUGGUUCAGCAAAGGAGCCACAAAUACUCGUCAGUCAUGGACAGCAAUUCUACCAGAAAGGUGUUUGUGGGACUGGCAGCAGAAGAUGAUUCUGAGGUGUUUGGACACGUACCCUCCAACAAAGACCCCAACUGGUGCAAAACUCCUACCGGGCACAUCAAAAGGCCAAUGAACGCUUUUAUGGUCUGGUCCCAGAUUGAGAGACGAAAGAUCAUGGAGCAGUGGCCAGACAUGCACAAUGCCGAGAUCUCAAAACGACUUGGAAAACGCUGGAAAUUGCUGCCCGAUUAUGAGAAGAUCCCCUUCAUCAAAGAGGCAGAGAGAUUGCGGCUUAAGCACAUGGCUGACUAUCCUGACUACAAGUACCGUCCCAGGAAGAAGAGCAAGUGCUCCACCCCUGUGAAACUUGUGGAGAAGCUGCCCCUGAAAUCCAGCAAGUCCCAUUCAGGAAGGUCUACUGGGCUCACCAGCAAAGGGCUUAAGAUCAAACCCACUUCUUCCAAGCAUAACUUCAGUGGCAAUAAAUACAAGAACUACAGCGAGAGCAUGAGUGAUGACGACACAGUGGAUGUAAACAUAGAAAGUCCAGUGACGUUACAAGAUGAUCACAACCAGACAAGUCACCUUGUCCUCCACAAACAGGCGACCAUUCACUCUGAGAACCAGCAAGCAGUUCCUGAGCUCAGAGUGAAGGUGCCCAUCUCCCACACCAGCAGCAUUCAAAGCCUCUCCGACAGCGAGUGCCAGGCUCCACCAGAGUCCACGAUGAGUGAGCUACGAAGGUCGACCUCUGGAAGAUCUUCCACACCAAACUCCACCAGCUCCUCCUCUUUAGUGUCGUCAAUGUGUUCAGAUGAGGAACUGGAUGAGGAACUCUUGCAUAUUAUUUCUAACAGUAUGCCUAUGGACUACUCCACUUUGGACAAGGACUCUGAAGCAUUUCAUGCCAACUCAGGAUCUCAUUUUGACUUCCCAGAUUACUGCACUCCAGAGGUGAAUGAAAUGAUUUCUGGGGACAUGCUUGUACCCAGCAUCUCAGAUCUAGUGUUCACCUACUGAAGUCAAGUUGAGUGUGUUUGGGCCCGCAUAGCUGCCAAAUUGAAAUAAGAGAGGUCUUGAAAAAGAUUUAGCCUUGAACGAUUCCUUAUUCCAUUUGUUUAUUUUUCUCAAUGAAAGUGCUAUUGCUUUCCUUUCAAAGCAUGCCUCAUCUUGUUGGUUUAGCUAAGAGACACAUGCCUUUGCAGAGCUGUUUUACAAGAGUAUGAUGUUCAGAAUCUCUCCAACAGUUUUGAAGUCAGAGGCAGCUGGGUGUAAGUUUUAGUGACGGGAUACAAAGUUUUAACAGCUGUUUUGAUAAAUGUUUUAAACCUCACAUUAAUGUCUCGAAGCAUCUGAUGGGAAGCAGUCAAGCUGUGAUCAGUUCUAAGCAAAGAUCUGUAUCUACUUAAAAUGUGGCACUGUCAAUUACAUGACAUCUCAUAACAGUGUUUGUCCUAAUAAUUACACAUUCAAAUGAUUUCUCCCAGAAGCUUUUGCGGAUAAACACAAAUAUAUAGCUGGCUGGAGGUCAGCUGACAGUAUCGGUACAUUAAUAUUCUGAAAUACUAAGGUGUAAACAUUGAAAAGGAAAGGAUGAAGCUUAUUAAAAUCUGCAGCACUUGUCAGGCAUACAGGCAACUAGACAAGUGCCAGCACAUAAUUCAUAUCAUAUUCUUUACUAAGGUAAUAGCACUUUCAUCACCUUGCCAUCGCCGCAGACUUUGAGACACACUUGUAAUUUAAAGGCAGCUCUGCAUUGGCCCUGAGUGCAGGUGUGUGUGUGUGUGUGUGUGUGCGCAUCUAUGUGUGCCUGAACUGUUUGGACUGCGGAUAGAGGGGGUGUAAGAGGGUUUUGGGGUUAGGGAAUGGGGGUUGGGAUUGGCUCUUUCAGGGAACCGUGCAUCUGUCCAUGCAGGCAGCAGCUUUUAUG